AUUCGAUCAAAUCAAUCAAUGGCGGUGGCGGCGGACAUCACCGGCGGAGAGCACCGCGUCCAAAUGCCGGCUCAAGGCGGCGGCGGCCGGCGGCAGAAGCAGCUAGCUGCGCCGGAAAAGCAGCUGAACUGCUUCGUUCACAUCCUUGCAGUGAUCGAGAGGAUGGGCAACGCCCUGGGGACGCUGGCCUUCACCUGGGCAACCGUUGUCCUGCUAGGAGGCUACCCAACCGUGCUCCGUCCUGAGGAUGAUUUCUGGUUCGCCACCACCAUGGUCUUCCUCGAAGCUGCCAGGAUGUUUAGCCGCGAUAACAGGCUAGAUUACCAGUUAUUUUUCAGUACUAGAGGAGCUUUUAGACUUCUUGGCUGGAGCGGGUUGCUGACUGUGGCGGUAUAUUUUUCCGUUGUGCUGGUGAUCCUGUCACGCUCUCUCGCUUCCAUUGGUGGUAAUGUAUUGGUGGCUUUACUUGUGGAUAUGGCGAUGCUACUUGCAUUGGGUCAGUUGCUGUCUCCAGCAGCUCUAAAACUACUUUGCGAUCCGCUACGACAUGCUAUAUCGCUGUGGAGCCCAUUACUUGCGAUCCUAUUGAUCGGUCCGUGCAUUACUGUGCCAAGCUACGACUUCUAUCCCGGACCAUUCAUUUCGACAAACUCAGAGACCCAAUGGAUAAUGUACCUAGUACUAUCUUUGUUUGUCCUCUUAGCGACAAUCAGCAGGCUGCGGCUCCCAUGCAUCAGAAAACUAGCAGACAGUUUUCCCAACACCAAACAGUCAGUUUGGCGUCAAAUCAUUCUAAACUUGUGCAUGCUUGCUGCGAUUGUGAUGCUGGUAUUCAUUUUCAGUGAGCUCGGUCCAUAUGCGAUGAUCGUGUACCAGCUUUGUGCUCUAGUGGUGGUGUCAUUUGGCAACUUCCAGAUUCCAGCAGCUGUUGUGCGUGUCGUCCUCGCACUGCUACGCCUUGUACCGCAGAAACCGCAUAAAUACUUGGUAGAUGACAAGAAUGGUGAGCAUGAUAGCGAGAAAAACCUCGAGCCGUCACUAAACAUCUUCUACGGGAUGGUGCUUGCACAAGGGAUUCUCUACAUUGUGGCCUGCUUACUGGAGGUAUUUUCAUUCAUCCCUCGGAGAUACCUCAUCCGCCGUAGCGGAUUUGGAGGUCAGAUGGGAGUGGAAUAUGUCAAUUUGUACUAUGCAUAUGCCUUUGAGAAAUGCAUGGGAGGGGCUGUGCUUGCUCCAAAGAAGAUCAGCCUCAUCACAUUUGCCAUGGAUUCCCUCAACUCAGACUCAUCCAGGAAUAAGCUCUAUGGGGUUCAGAUGCUGCACAGAUUUCUCAAAAAGGAGCAGCUAAGGACUAAAACAAUCACAAAACUCACAAAUGCCAAGAAGACGGUAGCUUUGUUGUUCGAUAUGCUGGGCUGGACAAGUGACGGGGAUGAAGAAAUCAGAUUCUUCGCCGCAAAGGUCACUGCCGAGCUUGCUGGUAGCCUCCGAGUUGUUCAAAUCCCUGGGGCAACACAGCUUGUAGCCUCACUUCUGGACACUGAUCACCAACAGAGAAUAAGGGAUCAUUUUCUGUUAAUUGAUAGCCAAGUGGGAAGAGAAGACUCACCAAUUCAGCAAGUUGGCAUGGCUGAACAGAACUCCCCUGUGCUUAAGUACUUGAAACAGAUGGCAAUAUAUUUUUUUAUUCCGGUGGAUGAGCCAUCUAACACGCAUCAACGGAACUCACGUUUGCUCAGAUGGUGGAAGCAGAUCACAAAACGCUGGUCAGUUCCAGAGGAGGAGCCAUCCACGGACCAAGAUUUCCUCCCCAUACAAGGACUGCUAAUUCUUCAGAGGCUUGCUAACUUUGAUCCUGGAAACUGCAUGGAAAUCAGCAGAACAACAGGCCUCAUCUCAAAGAUGAUAGAUUUUAUAAGCUACAGAAAUCAUAUGACAAGUACUAGUGAAGCCCACCAAAUAAUGCUGGCAAGUUUGUCACUUAGGGUGCUGAGAAGACUUGCAAGUGCUGAAGGGAAGUUAGGUGUAACUCUGCGGCAACAGAUUUUGGAACAUACCUUCAUAUUGAGCAAUCUUGCAGAGAUCAUGGAUGACAAUGGGAGCAGCCAUGAUUUGAAGCAGUUGGCAGCAGAAAUCCUGAAGAACCUUGCCAUGGAUAGAAACACUAGUGAGGACAUCGGGCACAUCCGACCAAGAUCCAUCCUCAAGUAG